AUGCUUUUAAUGACGGAGCGGCUGAAUCAGCAGAAGAGCAGGAGAGGCGAGAGUGAUGGCUGCGAGAGACAAGGACACGGAAUUAUGAAUGACUGUGGAUGUAAGCUGUUUGGACGUGUGUUUGCAGAGCAGUCACCUGGACUGCCUCAUGUGGAACUCAGCUCUGCAGCAGGAGCAUCAGGAGCAUCAGGGGAGAGGGAUAAUGAAGCAGGUAAACCAACACUGAUCACAGGAGAUGACAACCAGGACGGAGGAGAGAGGGAGGACAGAGGAGAGAAGGAGGAGAGAGGACAGAGGGAGGACAGGAGAGAAGGAGGAGAGAGGACAGAGGGAGGACAGGAGAGAAGGAGGAGAGAGGACAGAGGGAGGACAGGAGAGAAGGAGGAGAGAGGACAGAGGAAAGGUAGGACAGAGGAGAGAAGGAGGCAAGAGGAGAGAGGGAGGACAGAGGAAAGAUGGAGAGGAGGAGAGAUGACAGAGGAGGAGGAGAUAAGGAGGAGUGAUGACAGGAGAGGAGGAAAGAGGACAGAGGAGAGAGGAGAGAAGGAGAGAGGAGGGGAGGAAAGAGGACUAGGAGAUAGGGAGGAGAGAAGAGAGAGGAGAGAAGGAGGAGAGAGGACAGAGGAGAGAAUUAAGACAAGAGGAGAGGAGGACAGAGGAGAGAAGGAGGAGAGAGGACAGAGGAGAGAAUUAAGACAAGAGGAGAGGAGGACAGAGGAGAGAAGGAAGACAGAGGUGAGAAGGAGGCAAGAGGAAAGAAGGGGGCGAGAGAACAGAGGAGAUAGCAAGAACGAGGAGAUUAGAUAA